AUGGACGUCUUCGAUGAUGUAAAGCUGAAGUCCGAGGCUCACGUGUUUCAGCAACCCAUUGCAAAGGUCAGCAAGUCGAGUGUCUGCCACAGGCGCACCGUUUUCGGUCGACGAAGCAAGCUCCUGGUGGUUGUCGCUAGUGUAGUGACCUUAGUCUGGUACCACUACGACUUCUUACACGACACAGAGCUUCCUAAUCCAGUACCGCGCUUGCCUCAGAAUUUCGGCGCCGAUGACUUCGAUUGGUACGCGCUCUCCCCAAGUCGGGAUCUCAAUUGGACGUCCUGUUACUCCGGAGAGAAGUGCGCUCGUCUCCUCCUGCCCUUGGAUUAUGACACUCCGGAUAGCCCCGCGACUGCCAUUGCACUUCGCAUGAUUCCGGCUACGGAUCUAGAGAACUAUCGGGGCACCAUCUUCCUGAACCCUGGCGGCCCCGGCGGCUCAGGCACAGACUUUGUUCGCCGCGUUGGUCAGAAUAUUUCACGCGUCGUGGGCCCGUCAUUCGACAUUCUUGGCUUUGAUCCGCGUGGGACAGGGAGGUCGACUCCUUCGCGCGACAUCUGGGAUAUCCAGGAAGGUCACCAGCUCUUGAACGCCAGCGACAGCUCCUUGGGACUGUUCCAUUCCCGCGCCAAGUUGCUCGCACAGCGCUGUGAAGACAGACUCGGGGGAGAGUGGGGCAUCGGGAGGUUCGUCACCACAGCUAAUGUCGUGAGCGACAUGCUCCAGAUCAACAAGCAGCUUGGACAAGACAAGUUGCAGUACUGGGGUUUCAGCUAUGGAUCUGUGCUCGGCCAGUACUUCGCCGCUAUGCACCCCGACAAGGUCAAACGCUUGAUUGUCGAUGGUGUUUACGAAGCUGAAGACUACCGUCGCGGGCGCUGGGGUACCAACAUCGUUGACGCGGAGCACGUUGCCGACGCUUUCUUCACAUUCUGCCAUCAAGCCGGUGCUGAGAAAUGCAGCCUGCACGACUCAAGCCCCGAGCGGAUUCGCGAGCGAUUCCUCCGCGUCCUCGACGAAGUCGAGAAGUCCCCUGUUGGCGUACCGCGUGCCGAGCCACCGGCAAUCGUUACACGCAAGGCCCUCAUCACCCAGCUGUUCUUCGGGAGCUACAAGCCCCUCGUGUCCUACCCCAUUAUUGCCAACACGAUCCGUGCCCUCGAGACCGGAGACCAGAAUAUCCUCACCGCACUCGCACCGCAGCUCGUCAAUCUGGUCGAGUGCCAGUGCGAUGCGGUCCCAGACCUCAACAACCCCGCUGACAACGAAGCGACGUACUCGAUCGCAUGUAGCGACAGCGACGGCACGCAGUGGGACGAAGACGCGUUCAGGGAACAUUACGCCACGCUCGAAGGCCAGUCGCCCCUCGGGGCACCCUUGUGGGCGUACCUGCACAUGCAAUGCCUGGAAUGGAAGAUACGCCCCAAGACGCGCUGGACGGGCUCGCUGGGGGCGCAGAGCACGUCGCACCCGAUCCUAGUCUUGUCGGCACGGUACGACCCUGUGACGCCGCUCGCGGAUGCGCGGUUGGUCCAGACACGGUUCGGGGGUGCGGGGCUGCUCGUGCAAGAAUCGUAUGGGCACUGCUCGUUGUCUUCACCAUCCCUCUGUACGGCGCGGCAUGUGCGCGAGUAUUUCAUCAACGGGACGCUUCCGGAGGAAGGGGCCGUGUGUGGGGUUGACGAGUUGCCGUUCAUUGGGUCGGUACAGGGAGAUGUCCAGACCUUGUCUAGCGAGGAUGCAGAGCUGCUAGACGCACUGCGGGAUGCAGCGACUGCGAUGCCGGUCUAUAAUAGGUUGUAGGCCCUUCGACCGAUUGGACCGUUCAGUACCGUGGUCACUUUUGCCUGUACGUGUCCCAGACGAUCGCAACACAACAAGAACGCCAUCGUUACUCGCUUCAAGUUCCGAACCAUCUUCCAGCGAAUUGCGUUGUUAUAUCGCG